UGAAUAGUGGAGGGCAUUUGUUUCCUAAAAAUGAAAAUAAACUGAAAGUUUGGAUGAAGCAGCUUAAAUUUUCGCAUUGGACGCCAGGCAAAUGGAGUAAAAUUUGCAGCUCACAUUUUAGUCCUGAUGAUUUUGAUGUUAUUGCUACAAGCAAUGGUACAAUAAAAAAAUGUUUAAAGCCCACAGCAGUACCAUUUUACAGUGAAAAAGAAAAAAUAAAAGAAGAGAAAAAAAAGAAUGCAAAAGUUAAACGGUUUAUUGCACAUUUCAUUGGAAAUAUUGUUGCUGAAAAAUGCUUGAAAAAAAUGAUACAAAAAUGUAUUGAAGAGCACAAAUUUCAUGUGCCAUAUAAGAGUGUUGAAGGAGAUGAUACCGGCCUAAUUACUUAUCCACUGCAUAUCUUGAAUCAUGAAUUAGAAUUUAGUUAUUUAAAUGUUAGUCAUGAAGUUGUUAUAGAUGAAAUAAGGGAGGAAGUCACUCAAAAUUCUGCUCCAAUUGUAGUAACAAAAAGUAAUCUGUCUGAUACCUGCACUUUAAAAGCAUUCAAUUUUUGUAUUGAGUCUAUUAAAAGUGAUGACAAACUAGUACACUUUUAUACAGGGUUGGAAACGUAUCAAAAGUUUCAGUUUGUUUUUCAAACACUUGGUGAAGCUGUGAACGAACUUAGCUAUAUUAACGGUCCAGGACCAUCCAAUAAUAUGAGUAGUGAAAAUCAAUUUCUACUAACUUUGUUGAUUCUUCGUCAAAACAGAACAUACUACGAAAUUCUUGUAUCUGCAAUGGUCAGAAAUUUUACAGUGGCCAUCACGAGAUCUAGUAAGAUUUUUCACACCUAG